AUGAGAUUUAUACCACUCUUCUUGCUUUUGGCCCUUUUCACCACUGUUUUUGCAGCUCCAGCAGCAGACCCUUCCCCAGUAUUAAAGCCUUCAGAGGAUCCCUUUUACGUUCCUCCUGAUGGGUUUGAGUCAGAAGAAGUAGGUACCGUCCUAAGAUUAAGAAAAUCUCCACACCCAUUGAGAAGUGUAUACUUUGAAUUGAAUGUGAAAGAUUCAUGGCAAGUAUUGGUCAGAUCGUCAACUGCAGAGGGAAAUGCAACGGCAGUAGUUACAACUUUGAUUGAACCGUAUAAUGCUAACUCCUCUCGAUUAGUCUCUUAUCAAAUUGCACAAGAUAGUGCCAAAGCGGAUUGUGCUGCUUCAUACGCUUUCCAGUAUGGAGCCGAUGUUGGAGUCAAUCUUGUAGCCGAAGCAGAAAUGUUCCUUAUUCAAAUUGCUCUUAUUCAAGGGUUCUGGGUUAGUGCUCCUGAUUAUGAAGGACCCCAAGCGAGCUUUACAGCUGGAAGGAUGUCUGGAAAGGCUGUCUUGGACACUAUCAAGGGUGUUAUCAGCUCUGCUAAUGAAACGGGAUUAGCAGCAGAGCCUGAUGUAAUCCUUUGGGGGUAUUCUGGUGGAAGUCUUGCUAGUGGUUGGGCUGCCGCAAUGCAACCAUGGUAUGCCCCCGAUUUGGCCCCUAGGUUGAAAGGAGCUGCUUUAGGUGGAUUUGUUACAAAUAUCACGGAAACUGUAGUUGCAGUUGAUGGUUCUCUUUACGCAGGUAUGAUUACAGCGGGUUUUACUGGGUUAUCCAAUGAAUAUCCAUCUUUGAAGAAAUAUAUUACGGAAUAUAUCCCCGAAGAUAGGCUUAGUCAGUUUAAUUUAGCUGGAGAUCAAUGCUUACUUCUCGCUUGUGGAUAUUACAUGUACACACAAAUAUUUAGAGGAGAAGAUAAAUACACGGGUGGGUACGAUAUACUUCAUGAACCUGAAGUAUGGGAUACAUUAAUGAACACAACAUUGGGGGUUGGAAAAGAUGAUUUACCCCAAAUACCGAUUUUCAUCUAUCAUGGAGAAAAGGAUGGCAUUGUACCUUUCGUAAAUACAGAGAGAAUAUAUGAUGUCUGGUGUGAGUGGGGUAUCGGCUCUUUGGAAGUUUCAUCUUCUCAGACCACAAAGCAUGUAACUGAAGCAAUUUUUGGGCUGACAGCUGCUGCAGCUUGGAUUGAUAAAAUGUUUAAUGGUGGUGCUGCAGUACAAGGUUGCAAAAGCACUUCAAGAUAUAACAACUUAUUGUACCCAGGGGUCUUACCAGAAGUAGUUGACUUGGUAGAAUCUGCAGUGAAAUCCAUAUUUGGCUUUGAAAUUGGACCAACAUCACCAAUACAGAGAAGAGAAACAAUCGAUCUUGAUGCUAUAGUGGAAAGAAAGUUAGAAGAAAGGUUUUCAAAUAAAAGACUGAUCAGAUGGUGA